ACGCGGCUGCCCAGCGGGGAAAACUGUGCGGCCCUAGGUCGCCGUGGCCCUCGCGGCGGUGGGCUUGGGGUGGGCUCGCCUCAUCCUGCCCCGGUUAUGAUGCAUCCGCGGCGCCCAGACGGAUUCGAUGGCUUGGGCUACCGGGGUGGUGCCCGGGACGAGCAGGGCUUUGGCGUCGCUUUCCCUGCAAGGUCCUUCAGCUCCGGGUCGGACCUAGGCCACUGGGUGACGACUCCCCCGGACAUCCCGGGCAGCCGCAACCUGCACUGGGGUGAGAAGAGCCCUGCCUACAGCGUGCCCUCCACCUCCACCCCGUACGAGGGCCCGGCCGAGGAACCCUUUCCCAGCGGCGGCGGCGGCGGCGGAGCCGUGCAGGGGCAGAGCAGUGAACAGUUGAAUAGAUUUGCUGGAUUUGGUAUUGGACUUGCAAGUCUCUUCACAGAAAAUGUACUGGCCCAUCCUUGCAUUGUUCUACGCCGCCAAUGUCAGGUUAAUUACCAUGCUCGGCAUUAUCAUCUCACUCCAUUUACAGUCAUCAACAUUAUGUAUAGCUUCAACAAAACUCAGGGACCAAGAGCCCUGUGGAAAGGAAUGGGAAGUACAUUCAUUGUCCAAGGAGUCACACUUGGAGCUGAAGGCAUAAUUAGUGAAUUCACACCUUUGCCAAGGGAGGUUUCGCACAAAUGGAAUCCUAAACAAAUAGGUGAACACCUUCUACUGAAAGCCCUAACUUAUAUUGUGGCCAUGCCUUUUUAUUCGGCAAGUCUAAUUGAAACAGUACAGAGUGAGAUAAUUCGAGACAAUACUGGCAUUUUGGAAUGUGUUAAAGAAGGAAUCGGAAGAGUGAUAGGCUUGGGAGUGCCUCACAGCAAACGACUCCUUCCUCUUCUUUCCUUGAUCUUCCCUACGGUGCUGCAUGGAGUUCUCCACUACAUCAUCAGCUCAAUCAUUCAGAAGUUUGUCCUACUAAUCCUAAAGAGAAAGACUUAUAAUAGCCACCUAGCGGAGAGCAGUAGCCCUGUGCAGAGUAUGUUGGAUGCUUAUUUUCCAGAACUUAUUGCUAACUUUGCUGCCAGUCUUUGCUCUGAUGUUAUACUCUUCCCGCUGGAAACAGUUUUGCACCGCCUUCACAUUCAAGGAACACGCACAAUAAUUGACAAUACAGACCUUGGCUAUGAAGUGCUUCCAAUUAAUACACAGUAUGAGGGAAUGAGAGACUGUAUCAAUACCAUAAAGCAGGAGGAAGGAGUCCUUGGUUUUUAUAAAGGGUUUGGUGCUGUUAUAAUACAGUACACACUGCAUGCAGCUGUCUUACAGAUUACCAAAAUUAUUUACUCUACACUUCUUCAAAAUAGCAUUUGAAAUUUCUAUCACUAGUUAGUCCAGAAGAUGUAAUCUGGAUAAUUUGCUAUGAAAUUAUAAAGGAUGAAAAUGAAGUACUGGGAAAAAAAAUGGAGUAGAAAGUGAAACUGGUAGAAAAGGUGUCUGUUGAUUGAAUUCACUCUUCUUUAAAAAAAAAACAAAACGUAUUUCAAGUUUAAAAGCUCAAUACAGCUAACACUUGUAAGAAUAAAAUUUUAGCUAGCGUAGCACUCGUACUGAAGUAAAAAUGAUACUAGGAGAAAGCAAAAAUUUGUCAUCAAAUAUAAAAUGAAGUUUCAUUGAGUUGAAUCUGUUCUAUCUGACCUUAAUAUUUGUUAUAGUUAUUUCAUCUUCUAGAUUGAUACUGGAAUAUUAUCCUUAAUGCAGUAGAAUAUCACUGUAUCAGUGAGGUUUUACCUUUAAGCAAAUAAAUUAUGUCACUAUUGAAAAGGACUAAAGAUCAAAUUUGGCCAGCAGUAAGCAGACAUUGGGGGGUUUUAUAUUGCACUGUCUCUAUAACUAUUUUAGUGGUUGUAUAUGUGUAUUAUAUAAAUCCAUUUAUGUGCAUACACAUAUAUAACUUGGAAUUUCCUUUAUCCUACAAACUCUCCACUUGUAGAUCAGCGUGUUGCAUAAAAUGAAAUCAUACACUUUCUGCUUGAACACCAGAGUAAAACAUCAAAAAGCCAAGAUACCCAAAAGAUUUAGUCAUUUAUAGAAUUUAUGUCCACAUCCAAAGCCAGUACUUUAGUACCAGCCACUUAAAAUUCAUUAUACGUUUAUAAAGUUCAGUUUGCUUAGCUACGUAAAUUGUCAGUCUGUUUUUAGGGCCACACUUCUAAAAGAAUGUAAAAUAAUCAUGCAGCUAUUGCUGUUUCCAUAUUUAUAAAUUGUGUAUUUAAAGAAACCUCAUUUGCCUUUCACUUCUGAGUGACUUACCUUAGAAGAGACAAACUUCUGCUGAGGAUUUGUGUCUUUUGCCUAGCAUGUAGUCAUUAAAUAACACAUUCAUUUUGUUUUUCCUCUGUUUUUGCUUAAAGUGUCAUUCUCUGAACUAGAAAUACUUGAAGAGGAAAACAAGAUAUCCUUAUCAUUUUUUCUUUAAAUACAUUUGGGUGAAUACUGAAGAAACAAUAGUUCAUGCAUUUUUGUAUAGUUAGGGUGGAGUGUGGGGGAACAUUUCAAUAAAUAAUCAAAAAAGAAUAAUUUAAUUAAAAAGAAAAUUGUCCCUAAAUUUAAUUUGAUGGGUUUUGCUCUGUAUAGCAAAGUGAUAUGUGUUUGACUGAUCCAUUAUUCAACACUUUAAAGUUUCAUUCUUCAUGAGGAUGAUCACAGUUUUAUCGUGAACUAUUUGGUGCUCUGAGGUGCAGUGACUUUGCGUGGAUGUUUCCCCACACAGAAUGCAUACCAACUGAAAUUUGUUACUUGUUAAAUGUCACUGAGAUGGUUAUUUUUGUGAUUAACAGUGUUGGAACAAAAAGUUAUAUGAAAAAAAUUGUAAAAACAUCAUAAAAGUAGCAACUAUGUUUACUGUGGUGUGUGUGUUUACUGUAAUACAUUGUUUUUCAUUUUUAAAUUUAAAUUUCACUAAAAGGGAAAAUAAACACAUUGAUCACAUUGUAUAUUUCAGGGUAAUAUUUUAAAGUGUGGCUUAUUUUGUCCAAUGAGGUUUAAAUUGUUUUUAAUAUUUUUAAACUGCAGGAUAAUUCUUAGAUGGUUGUAAUUUAUUUAUCCUCUUAACUCCUCCCUUUUUUUAUUUUUUAUUUUUUGGAGACAGGGUCUCACUGUGUAGUUCAGGCAGGCCUUGAAUUCACUAGCCCAGGCUGGCCUCAAACUCACCACAAUUCUCCUGUCUCAGCCUCCCAAGUGCUGGGAUUACAGGCGUGCACCACCACGCCCAGCUAUAACCCCCACUUUUUAAAAAUCAGGUUUCAGAAAUAAAUAAACCAGGAAACUAAUGUUCAGAAAAUUUCUAGAAUAGAAUCUGAAUGGAAUCAAGUAUUAUUACAAGUGAAAAUUAUGUGAAAUCCUUCAUUGAUCUAAAUAUUAGAUUUUUCAGGAUUUGUUGAAAGCAUGAAUAUAAAGUUACAUAAAUUUGUUUCAUUAUAGAAUCAUAAGACAGACUGAACCAUGCACAAGUAAGGUUGGUCCUAUUUUCUGUCUCAUUAGAGAAUAUAUCUUUUUUAUUUUUGUAUUCUUUUAUUGGUACAUUGUAGGUAUACAACACAAUUACAUUUCUCAUUGGGAAUUGUACCUUUAUAUAAUGCAUCUUGGUUCUUAUUUUUUCCCCAUUCCUAGCCCUCCCUUCACGCCCUCCACCCUUCCCUAUUUACAAAGACUUUAUUUCCAUUUUUUUCCAUGAGAAUAUAAAUUAACAUGAAAGCUAAAAUUGAAAAGUAUAGUAAAAUAUUAAUGUUUUUACUUCUUUUACAAACAAAGUAAAAUAUCUAAAAAUAAAGCACUUCAAUUUUAACAGGUCCAAUAUUUUUUAGUGAAUUUAAAAAAGAAUAAAUAACUACCAGAUAUUCUUUCUCUCUUUAAAAUUGCUAUUCUUUAAUUUGGGUGCCAAAAUCUACUAUCCAUAGGAUACUUUUCUUAAGGUGUUAGAUUAGUGUAUUCUUAAAUUCAGUAUGAUUAAUAACAUUGAUAUGAUUCUAUUAAGUGGUUCCAUAGGCUCAAUGGUCCUCUUAUUAUAACCCAGAUUUUAGCCAUGGUGCUUAAAAUAUGCUUCUCUUACAUUAUGGGGUUCCUUACUUUGAGUAAAAUAGCUUGAAAGUGAUUGAAUUAAAACUGAUAAAAACCUAUUUUAAUUUAUGAAUCAAGUUAUUAAAUUAUAUGCUUUCCUAGGGUAUCCUCUAUUUUAUGGGGGCUUAAAGAAACCUACAUUAAUAUAGUUAUUUAUCAAGCCUCCAAACAUCCAGCAUUAGAUGUUAUAAUACUUUUAAAAUGAGCUAAUUUGGAAAGGAUUGUAGAUUGGAGUAUUUGAUACCUUAGGCAAUACCUUUAAGACACAAAACUGGAAAAGUAAGAGAUCCUGCUCACUUAAUGCAGCUGUGCAUCAUUACAACUCUAGCACUGGCUUUGUUAUAACUGUACAAAGCAUUCACUUUAUUCAUUGGGCACAAAUGUUUCAAUAUUUCUAUCCAAGUAAUUUGUACAUCUAUUUUGAUCUUUUAUCAACUGAGAUUAUGGAAUUAUUUGCUCUCAGUUUGCUUAUAGCUCUUGUGGAACAGAAAAAAUUAUUCUGCCAGCUUUUGAGAAGAUUCAAGUUUUGAAUUAUUUUGAAAAAUUAUAUAAGUGAAAAAAAAUCCUCAGUAACUUCACAUUGCACUAGAAUUUGUGUAAUACUUAAUGUAUCUCCCUCUCUCUCUGAAUGUGUAAUGUAUUAUGUUUUGAGUCAUUGAGUAUCAUUACUGUGGUACCAAGUUGUAUAGCAGAGUAACAAAAACUUAUGAUUUGACAAUGAAUCUUAUUUGAUAUUGCCUCAGCUCCAGUAGAUGUUUUGUUCGGUGUCUUUCUUUUUUAAGUUGUUUUUGUCUCGUUGGGAUUUUAAAUGUUUGGGGUAGUAAUUUGUGUAAUAUGAAAAGUUCAAUAAAAUGUUGAAUAAAAUGAGUAUUUUUCUCUUA